AUGCCAGAGGACAAGUGUGACAAGCUGCAUUUACCUGGAAUUUCCAAGUACCGGUGCAUUCAGGCUAUCGCGGGGGGUGCCUUCGUUUUGGCAUUGACAUUUUUUUCCAGUCCGGUUGUGCCCUUGCGGCCGCACAACCUGGAGGAUGCCGUGAGGCUUCUCUCCGAGAUUGAGACAGACCGAUCGAAGGAGACCGCCCGGCGGUUGGCGUCCCUUGACGCUGAGGAGCCGAGCUUCGGACUUUCGCCGAAGCCCUGGUUCCAGGAGGUGGUUGACAGGUACGGCGCUCCGGUGAGGCAGAAUCCGCAGAGGUAUGCCACUCAGGUGACCUCUGGGCGCCGUCUUGCAGUCUUGGCAGAGAACAAUACAGCCCCUAUCCGAAUUCACCUGAACUUUGACACGCUUUAUGAGGAUAAGGUGCAGGCCAGUCCCUUCGCCAAAGACCGGUACUGCUUCCGUGAGGGUGCCUGGUUCCGCACAGGCUACCCGGGCGAGAAGCCUGCGUCUGGGCCGGAUGAAUGUGGCGAUCGCAGCACGACUCCGGUCACUGGUGACAUGUGGUGUAUCUGCAGGGCAAGCGAUGUCAUUACAGAUGAAAUGCGCUCGUUUGUGAUCCAGGCAACCACAGAAGUGAUGAAGCAGCUCCCGACCUUCAUUGGCCUAAAACCAGUGCAGGGGCCUCUUCGAUUUCGGAACGCAGAAGGCUCCUACCCUGCCAUGUGGAAGGCCACCGGCCAAAGCGGAGAUUGCUGCGAUCCUGAUUGCCAGAAGGGUUUGCAUGUUGUCGUCCCAGAAUUCUUCUGCAGCUUGGGUGUGGAAGAUGCUGACGCUGUUCUUUCAGUAACUAUGCCGCCUCCCCUCCCUGGAGUUGGUGGUGCCGGCACAUUCUGCUCUGCUGAUCAGCACGGGCGGCCGACCCACUUGGUGUUCCAGUGGCAUCGCAGGAUUCUUGAAGCCCAAUUCGCAAGCAGCAGUGUGGAGGAGCUCAUCCCGCAGUGGCGUGGGCUUGUGCUCCAUGAGGCCUUCCAUGGGCUUGGCUUUGGCUCCGGCAUCUGGCAGAACAGCUACAGCAGCGAUGGUGGAAGACGACAGAUUCUAAGGCAGCUGGAGGUGACAGACCAAGACGGCUCCAAAGACUUUGUAUACCACUUUGUGAAAGGAACCCGUACUUACGACGUUGCCAAGGUCUAUUUUGGCUGCCAGGAGGAGGACUGGCAGGGUCUUCCCCUCAUGAGCUGGCCGCCUUCUGGAAGAGAUACUCAUCAUGAAACAAGACUAAUGCGAGAUGACGUCAUGUCAUAUGGGAAUGGACUGAAAGCGGUUUCCGCGAUCACGCUGGCAGCACUGGAGGAUACUGGCCACUACCUUGCCAACUACAGCAGUGCUGAGUGCAUGUGGUGGGGUCGUGGGCGCGGCUGCGACUUCGUAUCCAGCCGGUGCACUGUCAGACCGGACGGUGAAGUGUUCAGUGGUGCCGAAGCUGCCCAAUGUGAUCGAGUUUGGUCCUCGCGAUACACUUCAGGGAACCGGGAGGCUCUGCGGAAGUGUGUGCAGCCACAGUGCGAAAGCAGGACUAGCGGUGGCACAACAAUUUGUGAUGCGGAGUGCUUCACAGGCACCGACACCACACUAUCGUGCACGCAGGUUCCAUCAGGAGAUGUUGCUGAAGCUGGUGUUGCCGGCUGGGCAAACGACCUGGCUGCUGAGUUGCUAUCGUACGACGUGACAUGGGAGUCCCUUCGAAAUACAGCUGAGAUCUGUCUUGCUCCGCUUCUGCUGCUCAGUACUUGUUGCUUUGCAAGAUGUAUCCUGUGCCCAAGUCGCAGACCUGGAAGGAUAAAAACCCUAUUCUAUACCUUGUCAGUGGCCUCUGUCUUGCCUGGCAUCACUCUCUUUGCUGCCGGCGGAUAUGCUUCUAUCAACUGGUCUGACUUCGAGGUGUUUUUCACCAUGGAGUUCAUCAUAGGAGUACAGAUUCUGGGACUAUCAGUGAUGAUGAUAGAAGGCUUUGGGACGUAUGCCGUGUACUUUGGGGACCGUGGAAAGCAGAUUUGCUUUUGCAUUCUCCACAGCCUGGAAUUGCUGGCCUUGCUCGGUGCUGUGGCCAUGAUCGCCAAGUUUGCCAUGGACUUGGACAAUCUCAGCACUGACGCAUUGUCACAGGCUGGAGUGACCCCGGCACCAUCGAUUAUGUCCUUUGGCUGGGCUCAGCGCAUGGCUGACCAAAUUCUGAAUGAGCUCAUGUCUGUAUCCUGCAGGACCUACCAGGUUUGCUGUGAGAACAAAGACCUGCUCGAUUCGCUUGUGGCAAAUGGUGCCCCCAGACAGUGCAAGGUUGGUCAUCAAGGAUUAGAAGCUGAUGCUGGGUUUGUCCUGUCAGAUCCGUCACAUCCCAGCUUUUGCGCAGCAGUUUCAGGUGUUAGCUCAAGAACAGCAUUCCCGUCAUUGAUUUGCGAAUGGAUGGAUACGCAAGCUGCCAAUUUCAGUGUGGAUCAGUGCAAGCAGGACUACUGCACGGCUGGGCUCCGUGGCUUCCACAAGUUCCUCUCCUCAGGAGCUGCCGUAUACAAGCAGAACAUGCGCACGCUUGGGCUCGCCCUGGGAUUUUUCGUGGCCCUUCAGAUGGUGCAGCUUGUUAUUGUGGUUCGCCUUCCACAGCACAAAAGGCUUAGUCGAGUCUUGCCUGGAGAUCACUCUUCGGAAUCUUUCGGCGAAGAUCUGCAGACGGUGAUUCCGCGUGCAAGACCAGGUGCUCGCAAUGGGACGCAGGUGGCUUCUGGUUUUGCCGACGAGCAUCUUGUACAGGAGAACGGCUAUGGCCGGAAUUCGGCGUGGUGCUUUGUCCGCACCUGCAGCGUUAGCCAGCAAAGCUGCUGGGCUCAGGAGACCUGUGAGGCAAAGCCCCAGGUGCUGGGAGAGAAGAAGCACUUGUGCCUGACGACGGGGACCUCCAGCGGGAAGUCCCUGGCCUUCGCGCUGCCGAUCCUGGAGGCCUAUCGUCAAGAUCCCAAGUCCCGGGCGCUGGUGCUGUUCCCCACGAAGGCCUUGGCGCAGGAUCAGUUAGGGAAGCUGCAGAAGCUCUUUCAACAGGUUUGUCCCGGUCUCGGAGUUUGCACGUUUGACGGCGACACACCCAAAGAUGAUCGCGCUCGUCUUUUGAAAUCAUGCCAUGUUUUCCUGACCAACCCCGACAUGCUCCACUUCACCAUCCUAGCUGCGCAUUUGCGGUGGCGCCAUGUGCUCGAAAACCUGAGAUACAUGGUGCUGGAUGAGGCCCAUGUCUAUCGUGGCAGCUUUGGAGCUCAUGUGGCCUUGUUGCUGCGCCGCUUCCGCAGAGUGCUAAAGCACUACAACUCGUCGCCUUUGUUUAUCGCAUGUUCAGCCACCAUGUGCAAUGCAGGUUCCUUCUUUGCCAAGCUGCUGGCUCUAGAGAGCAGCGAGCAGGUGUGUGUUGUGGACGAGGACACGGCUGGACGAGGAGAUCGCCAGUUCUGCUUGUGGAACCCGCCGCUGCUGGAGGUGGAUGAAGGUCAGCCAAGCCGAGAGGAUCAGAAUGCUCGUAAGAGAGCGCGCUAUGGCGAGCGAGAAGGAAAAGGUUCUGCACCCCGCCUUCCACCGGGAGUUGGGUACCGAACACGAAGCUCAUCGUACAACGAGGCUGCCUGGAUUGUCUCGCAGGCAGCACGGCGAGGUCACCGCACUGUGUGCUUCCUGCAGGUGCGGGCGAUGGUGGAAGUCGUGCUUCAGGCAGCAAAUCAGCACCUGGAAGACCGCCCAGACUUGCAGGGCCGCAUUGCUGGAUAUCGAGGUGGCUAUGCUGCCUUGGAGAGGCGAAAGCUGGAGAGGCGACUCUUCACGGGUGACUUGCUUUGUGUUGUCGCUACAAAUGCGCUGGAGCUUGGUAUCGACAUUGGCGACCUGGAUUUGACGUUGCAUGUUGGUGUGCCUCCAACAGUUGCGUCUGUUUGGCAGCAAGCUGGUCGCGCAGGCCGGCGUGGGCGGCCAUCUGCGGCGAUACUGAUUGCUAUGGAUGCUCCCUUGGAGCAGCACUUUUGUCGACAUCCUGAAGAAUUCUUCUCGCGUUCUAUUGAGGCCCGGGUCCCCGACACGUCCAACGAGCUGUUGCUCAAGGGCCACAUGCUUUGCGCGGCAGCAGAGCUUACACCCUUGUCCGAAUCGGAUGCCCAGAGGUGGUUUGGAGAUGUGGCUCGCGUGCAGGAUGAGCUGAUACGCGAGGGCCGCCUCGUGGCGCAGCCCGUCAAGCCCGGCGGCCCGCAGAUUGGUCCGCUGCUACGAGUGACGCAAGGAAAAGGUCGGAGGCCGCCCAAGGAGGAGGUGAGCCUGCGUGAUAUUGACCCCAUUCAGUUUCAGGUGGUCGUUCGUGGGAACAUCAGUCCACUGGAGACGCUGGAUCAAAAGCUGGCGUUCAUGCGAUUGCAUCCUGGAGCCAUUUACCUCAACCAACAGACCUCGUACUUUGUCGAAGAGCUGGACCUGACCAAGAAAAUCGCGUGGGUCAUUCCUCGAGACUCCAAGAAGAUUGACUACUACACGGAAUGUAGAGAGCAUUCCGCCAUCAUCCUGGCUGGUGGAGGUUUGGCAAGAGCAGCAGUCCUGCCCCUUGCACAGCAAGCCAGCAGUGUGCCGCUAAUACGCAGUGGGCAAGCCACUGUGCACUGGCGCAUGUAUGGCUUCCGCAAGAAGUCGAAGCGCGACCACAAUUUGCUGGAUCAAGUUGACCUCACACUUCCAGCAGUUGAGUUCCCGACGCGUGCAACCUGGAUGGAUUUACCAGGGGCAGUUCUGCAGCCCAUUGCCCAGGAGGGGCAUUCCGUUGAUCGGGGUGGCCUUCACGCACUUGAGCACGCAAUGAUGGCCAUCGCACCGCUGUGCUGCGACAUCGAGGUCAGCGAAUUGUCAUGCCAGCACACCCGAAGAGAUUCCGAUCCUAAUCGCUACUUUCUGCUUUUCUACGAAAAUCAGAAAGGUGGCUCGGGAGCUGCAGAGAAGAUGUACAAGAGUUGGGAAGAGCUGCUUGCUCAAGCUUUCCGGCUCAUGCAGGAGUGCUCUUGUGACAAGGGCUGCCCCAACUGCAUCGUGAUCUCCGGCUGUGGCGACUACAACCAUGGCCUUGACAAGGCUGUGGCUCUCAAGAUUGGCAAAGCCCUGGGCUACGGAACUCAGAAGGGAAACGCGGCGCCUCCACCGUCGGAGCAGCCGCAGGGCUUCGGUCGGCGCUUGAAUGGUGAAGGAGCAAAGAUAUGCUUGGACCUUGACUGA